AACUACGUGGAAAACGAUAGUGUUACGCACAACGUAUUGGGAGCUUUUCUUGAUCGUACGUAGCACGAGGGCGAUAAAAGUGGGCAAUACUUGUGAAACAAAAUAACGACGUCCGCUGGGACUGGCCAUCUUGGAAAGAUAUGUCGUAUCGGUCAAAACGUCAACAAUAUAGUGUGUAUUGUUCGAUACAUGCCGCCAGCUUGCUUUAACUGCGGUUGACUACACGCCAAAUCAACGGGAGUGAAGGCGACACGGUGGCGUAUCUGACACGCGGACGUAAUCGCAAAAGAAGCUACAGCUUCACCGAAUAAUGAAUCGCUCUGACGGAUUGGUACAACGACGACGUGUGGUUAACAGUAGUAGUGGCAGUAAUCUAGGCCAGGAUGGCUCGAACGAUGUCGGCCACAACGACAAACUGUCUGGCCACGGGAUGGACACAGACAGUUCCACGCAGAAAGAUCUUAAUUCGAAUCCCACGAUCGACGACGAUUCCGAUAAAGAGACACGAUUGACACUCAUGGAGGAAGUUCUCUUGCUCGGUCUGAAGGACAAGGAGGGUUAUACUUCAUUUUGGAAUGAUUGUAUAAGUUCUGGAUUACGUGGUUGUAUUUUGGCAGAACUUGGAUUUCGUGGUCGAGUGGAGUUAGAAAAGGCUGGUAUGCGUAAGAAAGGAUUAUUGGUGAGGAAAUUACUAUUGAAGAAUGAUGCACCAACGGGUGAUGUUUUGUUAGAUGAAGCCCUUAAACAUUUAAAGGAAACUGAUCCACCUGAAACUGUUCCUAGUUGGAUUGAGUAUCUUAGUGGAGAAACAUGGAAUCCACUCAAGUUAAGAUACCAGUUGAAAAAUGUUAGAGAAAGAUUAGCCAAGAAUCUUGUAGAAAAGGGAGUUUUAACAACAGAGAAACAGAAUUUCUUACUCUUUGAUAUGACAACUCAUCCUCUUACCGAUAACCUUGCCAAAAGUCGUCUUGUAAAAAAGAUUCAAGAAGCUGUUUUAAGUCGUUGGGUCAAUGAUGCUGGCCGCAUGGACAGGCGGACAUUAGCUUUAGUAAUUUUAGCCCAUGCAGCUGAUGUGUUAGAAAAUGCAUUUGCACCACUUUCUGAUGAUGAUUAUGAAGUAGCAAUGCGACGGGUACGGACAUUACUAGACCUUGACUUUGAAGCAGAAGCUGCUAAACCUAAUGCCAAUCCAGUUCUUUGGGCUGUAUUUGCUGCAUUCACUAAGUAACAGGUCUUCUACAAACUACAACUGUAUAAAGCAAACAUUGGGUACUAGCGUGAAUACUUGAGACUAUCAAUUUUUGCAUGAAUUUUAGUUGCAAUCACAAAUGAAUAGCUACAAUCAUUAUUAAUGAUCAUACGAUUCAGACCAAAUAUC